GGCUGCAUUGCGUUAUGUAAUGUGACUGAGGGAUUGAUAGUCGGCAGUGAAUGCAUUCGUUGGUCCCUAUGUGGAUCGGUCGCAUGACGUGACAGUCAGUCGGGUGUUUGCCACAGAGGACGAAAGCACUUGCCAGCUGCGUACCCAGCUAAUUGGCAGACAGUCCUCCUACCUACUGAGUGCGUGAGUGAAUAAUGAGUGCAGUACACAGACACAUACACACGUCUACACGAAUGAGCACCAUACACGCCUGUCUGCGCAUACAGAACAACGCUCACACCAAGCACUACGCAGUGAGGGAGGAGGCCACACACCAAUCAAUCGACGAAAACCACACCAAGGCCAAUGAACAACAGACAAAUAAACAGACUUGUGGAUUGCGCGUGCAGCACACACAGACACGCGAUGUGGAUACACACGCACAAACGGCGCCCUCCCCCCUCCCCCCCUCCCCUCAUCUCAUCUCAUCUCUCCACACACACCGCCUUGGAAGGUUUCAAAUCUUUGUCUUUGUAGUUGACCGGCACCGCCUGGAAGCACUGCAGCGACUCGGCCGGCAGCGGCAGCUUCUGAAUGACCUCCUGGAUGGUGUCGCGCAGGGAGAAGGCGUGCUCGAACCCCCUCCUGGUGUGCACCUUGACCAGGUUGGGCAGCCGCCGCCCGCCUGUCGCCUUGCGCGCCUCCUCUAUCGUCCCUGAUAGCACCUUCCACUGCAACGCCCCAACCAAACCACCACCCCGUGACGACGGACACACACAAUGAGAAUGAGAGACACACGAUAACAUAACGACGUUCUGCCGUCCAUCGUUUGCACUGACUGACCUUUUUGAUGUUGGUGGCGCCGUUAAAGCUGUAAUGCACAUAUGGCGUGGAGGAGGCCCUGCCACUGAAGAGGGCCGAGGGCGGCCAGUGCGGAACCGCAUCCCACUGCAGCCGGAAUGCGCGGGACGACCAGCCAUCCUCCAGCUGAAACUCCAAUACCUUCUCGCCGGCUGGGGUCACCUCGGUGUAGACGGGGCGUGGGGACGACCCUGAUCCCCCGCCGCCACCCCAGCAGAUAGCCGUGUUGCCGUUCGAUAGCUGCCGACAGACAGACAGACAGACAGAACAAGUCUUGACGCGUGGCUGUUCCGUUUGUGUGCCCCCCGCCUGGCCUGAUCUCACCCACCCACCUACCCUUUGUGCGUUGCCGUUGAAUGGUGAGAAUGGCCCCUUGUACUCCCAGACCUUCCGCAGCCCGUGCCGCCCCCCCUUGCCCAUGCUCAGCUCCAGCCGGUACUCCACCGCACGGGAGUAGCGGGGGUGCAGCGACGGGCUGCUGUUGUCGAACAGCAGCAGGUUGCCGUUGUCCAGGAGCUUUGGCGAGUGCUGCAGCGAGAAGGGCCGGGGGUCGUUGAGGUAGGUGAAUUGGUUGAAGGAGGGCAGGUGUCCAAGCUGCCAGAUGGUCUGCCCUGUGUGGCGGUCGACGAGCAGGAGACCGAAGCGGCGGAGGGAGAUCAGGAUGUUGCCACCCUUGUCCCAGUCCACACUGCACAUACAUACACACACAAGGAAGGCUUGCAAACAGCACACAAGCCUUCUCUCCCCCUCCUAGCCCCGCCCCGCCCCCACUCACAUCCAUCGUACCUGUUGAGGUGCAGCAUGUUCUUGAUGCCCUCCAAGUUCGCCUUGGACCCAGCAGACUUCUCCAAAGCCAUCUUGACGGUCCGAGAGAUGAUUGGGUGGUCGAUGGAUCGCCACUCAAACAGUACUCUUCCCUUGGAGUCGAUCUCCUGCACUAUCGAGCCAGCGACCUGGGCGCUUUUGCCACCAAUCACCAGCGGCUGCAAGUCGUAGACGGCAGCCAGGCUGGUGCCGUCCUUCCGAAUGCGGAAGGUGUGGCGGUUAGGUCGAUACCCAUGGCCAGCCCGUCUGGUCCGUACGAUGCGAUACCCCUUGUCUCGCUCAACCCAGGCCUGUACCAGCGGGUCGUAGUACCACAGAUGGCCGUUGUCCUGCACUCUGAAGUCGGUCGUGCCCGUUGUGCUGACCCUGCUCUUGGAUGGCCGCAACCCUGUCAGCUGCUGCCAGUAGAUCAGCCGACCCUUCUCGUCCAUGAUGGUCAGGAAGUCGUGCCCGCUGGUCGUGUUGCGCGGCGCAAAGAAUAUCAGCCCGUCCUGUCUGGCGGUCUUGUUGGCUUUGGCAGGUGUGACCACUCGGACACGAGGGAAAAUGGAGGGCACAGUGCGGUAGUAGAAAGGCGGUGUGGCGGCGGGUGCGUAGUGCGGCCGCCUGGUGAGGUCCACCUGUGUGGCCUCCGCGUGUCUGCCGUCGAAUGCCGUCUCUUCAUGGGCGACGGGGGAGUAGUCAUCGACGUCAGUCUGGCUGACGUAGUAGCCCUCCGCGGAAUUGGACACACGAAAGCUCCAGUUGAUGCUGUCGAGGCUCUGGCCCGUCGCAGCCUUCAGGCCGGGGUGUAUCCUCACGAACACCUUCUCACCCUUCGCAAACCGGUCACCCUUUCUCAGCUGAAAGACCAGCGUCUGUCCAUCAUCGCCCAUCGAGGUGGCGCCCUCGUGCUCGCCACUCCACUCGCCCUUGACAGUGAUCUUCCUGGCCAUUUCUUCCAUGGGGUUCUUGAGAGAGAGCCGCCAGUCGCGUCGGGGCCGCAGGGCGACAGAAGUGAAGGGCGAGACCAUCUUGGCGUUUGGCCUCGGAUUGAGGUAAUAGAAGAAGGGCUCGUCGCCCUCAACCCCCGUCACUUCUGCCAGCUCCAUGAUGCCGGGCGGGUCCGCCAUCUCGUCAGCCAGGUGGAGCAGGUCAAGCUCAUCGCCGCCUUCUCCGAUGUCGGUCCAGUCGAUGUCGUAUUGGUCGGCCUCAGCGCCCUUGAGAUAUUCGCCUUUUGCAGUGUCCCCGGGGCUGUGGCCGGCUGACGACGGAGGGAUGCCCAUCGGCACAGGCAGGGCGAAAGCAGUGAUGCCUACGGUGGUACAAAGGACCACCUCUCUUACGCCGAGAGGAAGCCGACGCAUCGCAGACAAUCCACA